GCACUGAACUGAAAUGUUAGUGUAUUUAAAGAGAGAAUCAGCCAUGGAAGCUAAGAUGUGGUCUUCCUCUCUCCUCCGCCCACUCAAUCUCUCUCCCUCUCUCUCUUAAAACCUCCCCAAUCACCGCCUCUGCAAAACCCCCUUCAACCACCUCCAAUGGCGGCCCGGAUUUCCUUCGCCACAGCUCCCCGGGCCACACUCCGCCACGCCCCGUUUCUCGGCCCGAAGCCCGCGGCUAUCGCCUCUCUCCACUGGAUUUCGAGGUCAGAGAGGAGGAGGAGGCCGAAUCUGACGGUUUGUUUCGUGCUGGAGGAUGAGAAAUUGAGGGCAAUCAACGGGCCGGAAGCUGAAGAAGCCAGCGGCGGAGUUGGCAGGGCGAUUUCGCUGGCUGAGAGCGUGGCGGAGAAGGUGGCGGAGAAGAUGGCCAGGAAGAAAUCGGAGCGGUUUACGUAUCUGGUCGCGGCUGUAAUGUCGAGCUUCGGGAUCACUUCCAUGGCGGUUAUGGCUGUCUAUUACAGAUUCGCUUGGCACAUGGAGGGUGGGGAGAUACCGUACACGGAAAUGUUUGGUACAUUUGCUCUCUCUGUUGGCGCUGCGGUGGGGAUGGAAUUCUGGGCUAGAUGGGCGCACAAAGCUCUGUGGCACGCUUCGUUGUGGCAUAUGCACGAGUCGCAUCAUAAACCAAGAGAGGGGCCUUUUGAACUCAACGAUGUUUUUGCGAUAAUUAACGCGGUUCCGGCCAUCGCCCUCCUCUCCUACGGUUUCUUCCACACCGGCCUCGUUCCCGGCCUCUGCUUCGGCGCUGGCCUAGGAAUCACGGUGUUCGGCAUGGCCUACAUGUUCGUCCACGAUGGCCUCGUGCACCGGAGAUUCCCAGUGGGACCCAUCGCAGAGGUGCCCUAUUUCAGAAGAGUGGCAGCGGCUCACCAGAUUCAUCACACAGACAAGUUCGACGGCGUUCCGUAUGGGCUGUUCCUCGGACCCAAGGAACUUGAAGAAGUAGGAGGAGGGGUACCUGAGUUGGAGGAAGAAAUUGAUAAAAGAAUGAAAUUGUCCAAGAAAUGUAGAUGAUUUCCUCCUAUGUGAGAAAAACUAGCGAAAAUCACCCAAAUCCAAUGAUUUUGAACCGGAACCAAAAUCAUCUUGACGAGGUUUAUAUUUUUUUACAUUAAAAUAGCACUUCUUGAAUUCGCAACAUCUCUUGUGAUAUAAAAACUGAAUAAAUUCAAGUAGUAAAGGUUAGCAAACAAAACUAUGAGGGCGAAAUUUAAUUGAUAUCUUUACAAAUUUUGGAGGAAAAUCUAGUUGUUUCUAGAGACUUAUGUUGGCUGGCAUUUUUGGCCUUGUGUUUUCUGACAAUUGCUCCAAAAAUUUGAUAUUGGAUUGUCAGCAUUUGCCAUUUGAUUUUUUAUUUUUAUUUUCUUGUGAACUUCAUUAACUCAUCCCAUGUCCUUUUUUGUUUUCGAAAA